GGGGGUGCAGUGAUGUCUGCCCCCCACCCCUCAGCACCCACAUGUGUGUGUCCCCCCCCCCGUGUCCUUGGCCAGGGCAGAGCCGUGUCCCAUGUCCCCAUCCCAAAAUAGCCGGGGCCCGGUGCAGGGGGUCCCCGAGGGCCGGUUAUGGGGGGGGGGGGGGCACACACCGGCCCCGGUCCCACACGUAUCCCCACAGACCCCCCCCCCGGGAUGGCGGCGGGACCCAGCCGGGCGCUGCUGGUGCUGGUGCUGGUGCUGUGGGGCCGGGCGGUGACGGCGCAGGAUGAUGCCCUGUCCCGGCUCGGCAGAGCCGCCUGGGAGGCGCUGGAGAGCGGGCUGGGACCGCAGCCCCUGCGCGCAGUGGCGGAGUUCCUGUCCCACUCGCUCUGGGUCGUCUCCGCCGGGAUCGCGGCUGCCCUGAGCGCGCUCUGCGGGAGCCUGGCGGAUCUCCUGGCGGCCGCCGGCGUCAGCGGCUCCCCCGCGGUGCGGGCGGCGGCGCCGGGCGCGGGCGCGGUGCAGCGGGUGCUGCUGUGGGCGCUGGCGGCGCUGGCGCUGUCGGGGCUGGGCUCCCGCCUGCGGCCGCUGCUGCUGCCGCUGCUGCGGGGCGCGCGGCGCUGCUGCUUCCUGGGCGCCUUCCUGUGGGUGGCGGGCUCGGCGCGGAGCCCCACGGCGCAGGCCGCGCUGCUGCUGGCGCUCUGGGGCCUGCACUGCCUCCUGCCGCCCGCCGCGCCCCGCCCGCCGCUGGAGGCCGCCGUGCGCAGCCUCGAGUGGAAGGUGGAGGAGCUGCGCAGGAGGCAGCAGUGGGGGGGACCCCGCAACAGGGAGGAGUGAGGGCCCCGACGCGCUGCCCCACUGCGCCCCACUGCGCCCCAUUGCCUUGGCUCUGGAACCCCAUCCCUGAGCACAGCACCCCAAAGCUUGGGACAUGCACCCAUUGGUGGCAGAAGUGGGGGGGACCCCAACACGCACCCCACAAGAUGCCCCAUUGUGCCCCAUUGCCUUGGCUCUGGACCCCCAAGCACGCGACCUGCUGGGACCCCGGGACCUCCAUCCCUGAGCACAGCACCCCAAAGCUUGGGACAUGCACCCAUUGGUGGCAAAAGUGGGGGGACCCCGGAACAGGGAGGAGUGAGGCCCCCAACACGCACCCCAUAAGCUGCCCCAUUGCCUUGGCUCUGGACCCCCAAGCAUGCGACCUGCUGGGACCCUGGGACCCCCAUCCCUGAGCACAGCACCCCAAAGCUUGGGACAUGCACCCAUUGGUGGCAAAAGUGGGGGGGACCCCGGAGCAGGGAGGAGUGAGGACCCCAACGCGCUGCCCCAUUGCGCCCCACUGCGCCCCAUUGCCUUGGCUCUGGAACCCCAAGCAUGCGACCUGCUGGGACCCCGGGACCCCCAUCCCUGAGCACAGCACCCCAAAAGCUGGGACAUGCUCCCAUCGAUGGCAGAAGGGGGGGACCCCCCAGAACAGGGAGGAGGGAGACCCCCAAACACACACCCCAUAAGCUGCCCCAUUGCGCCCCAUUGCCUUGGGUCUGUACCCACAAACAUGCAUCCCCCUGGGCCCCCCCAUUCCACACAGUGAGGGCCCCCUUAUUGCAGCACCCCAAAAGCUGGGGACGUGCUCCCAGUCCCUUCCCCCAAGCCUAAAGUGCCUUCCUCAGAGUGGGGGGGGGGUGUCCCCCUGCAGACUUGGGGACCCCCAAGUGCCCCCCCCGCCCCAUGCUUGGGUCUGCCAUGGGGGGGGGGUGAGCACCAUGACCCCCCCUUUUGCCUGAUCUAGUGCCUUGUGUGCCCCACCAGCGUGUGUGGGGGGGGACCUGCUCCCGACCUCGGGCCGCAAUGGGGGUUCACCCCACACAUGGGGGGCGAUGCACCCCCCCGAUCCCGCCCCCCGCUGUCAGCGCUCGGGUUUUAAGCUGCUUUUUAAACUGGUUUUGAUACGUGGGUCUGAAUAAACCCGGUUUCAUCCCA